AUGGGAGAAACGUCAAAACUGGAGCAAGUGAGUGAUGCCAACAAAAACAAAGAGAUAGAAAUGGGAGAAGCGUCAACUCCUGUUGAAGUUACCGAGGAGGACGACAAAAACAAAAAGAAAGAGGAAGAUUUGGAAGAAACGUCAAAAUCGGCGGCGGUGAUCGAUGUGAACAAAAUUAAACACAAAGAGAUGAAAUUGGCAGAACCUUCAAAACUGGUGGAAAUGAUCGAUCGGCUCAACUUGGAGAAAAAAGAUUUCUACGAGGCGUUACUAGAUCCUUUACGGAUAUUCAUAAUUCCAACAUAUAUCAAACGGAGAGAUCAAGCUUAUUAUGAGCCUAAAAUGGUGUCCAUUGGUCCAUACCACUACGGUAAACCUCAACUGGAACCCAUGCAGCGCCACAAGGAAAGGGCCCUAAUUCACUUCCUUAAGAGAAAGCCGGAGAUAAAGAUAAAACGGUACCAAAAGAAACUGAAGGAUGUCGUGAAUGAUUUGAGGGGAUGUUACGAGAUGGUCGAUGAGCUAGAGAAGUGGAAAAAUGAUGAAGAUUUUGUUAAACUCAUGCUGCUCGAUGGAGUUUUCCUUUUUGAAUUCUUGAAUGUCUUGAGGGGUAAUCAAGCAAGUCGCGAUUAUGCUGCUAUCGAUCCCAUAUUUGGCAGUCGUGGACAUAACUUGAACUAUAACUAUGUGAUGGAAGACUUGCUGUUGUUGGAGAACCAGAUUCCUUAUAAAGUGCUUUCAACAUUGCUGAUGGUCUCCGAAAACUUGGAUGAAAAGGCGGCAGAGAGCACCCUUUCCUCACUUAUGCUUGCUCCACCGAAAUACAAAGGCCAUCACUUGUUGGACAUGUAUAUAAAGGGAAUGCUGGGGGAAAGAAGCGAUCAGCAACCAAACACUGGAGAAAGCAAUGUAAAAGUUGCUGCAUCCAAGCUAAGCAUGUUAGGAAUCAAAUUUAGAAAAGUUGGGACUUACAGUGAUGCAAAAUUUGAUAGAAAGAAUAAAACGUUGAGUCUUCCUUCAAUCGUCAUCAACCAACACACAGUACCUAGAUUCUUUAACUCGAAAGUAUAUGAGCUUCGAGCAGGUACCAACAAGGAUUUGAACUCCUACAUUCACCUUGUGGAUUUUCUUAUUCAAUCGACCGAGGAUGUUAGCUCACUCCGCUCCCAGGGUAUCAUACUUAGUUCUUUGGUCAAAGACGAAGAUGUUGUUGAAGUCAUGAAGGAACUAACGAAGGAUACAGUACCAGGAGAUGUAGACGAUAUGUCUACUAAAAUAGUGAAGGAGGUAACCACGUUUUAUCAGGACAAGGAAGGAAAGGUCUCCACUUUAUGGAUAUGGGUAGCCGAUAACUGGGCUUCGAUAUUAUUUGCAGGAUUUUUACUCUAUGCACUCGCAGCAAUUCAGGCCGUUUACUCGGCUCUCUCGUUUCAUUACCGCAACAAAUAA